CUGCUGUUGGUCGGCCACCCGGGCAGCCUCUGGUCGGGCAGCCUCUGGUCGGCCACCCGGGCCCCGAGCGGCCGGGAAAUGGAGUCGGUGUUUGUGACAGUCGGGACAACGAGCUUCGAUGAACUGAUCCAAGAAGUGUCAUCUGAAAGGGCGACUCGAAUUCUUCAAGAUUUGGGCUACAGAAAGCUGAUUCUUCAGAUUGGCCGUGGCUCUGUUGAACCAAAGCCUUUAGUUGGAACAAAUUUUACUCUUGAAGUGUUUAGGUUCAAGGAUUCAAUAGCAGAUGACAUACAGAAUGCUGCACUCGUUAUCAGUCAUGCUGGUGCCGGCAGUUGCCUGGAGACCCUUGAAGCUGGAAAGCCCCUCAUCGUUGUCAUUAAUGAGAAGUUGAUGAACAAUCACCAAUUGGAACUAGCCAAACAGCUGCACCGAGAUAGUCAUCUUGUGUAUUGCACUUGCAGCACACUUUCUGAAACAUUACAAAAAUUGGACUUCACAUCCUUGAAACCAUUCCCACCAGGUCACCCAGAAAAAUUUUCAACAUUUUUGGAUAAAAUCCUUGGAUUCCAGUGACCUUGACAGUAAUUUUAAAGUGUGAUGGACUUUUUAUUUCUAUCUCUUUGGAAUACCAACCUUCAAGAGCAACAAACUGAAGACCCACACUUAUCCUGUGGUUAGAAAUUUAAUAAUUUCUGCCCCAGCUUUUGUAAAACAAUUGUGAAUAGAACCAGGAAAAGAAUUAUUGUCCAACAGCAAUGAGACAAUAUUGUUUGAAAAUUCAUAUGUGUAACAAAUGUAUCUUUCACACAACUCUUUUCCAACUGAUAUUCCCUCAUUUUAUUACGUGUAUUUCUGCAUGUAGAUUCUGUUAACUAGAAAAUAUUUCUGCGUUUAUGCAACAUGAAAGCACCAAACAAGCAAGUAUUGUUAAAGUAAAAUCUGUUUGUGUGUGAAGAUGUAACCACACAAAAGUUUACUUUUCAGCUCCUUUUCUCCUUGCUGGAGUAAAUUUGCUUAUAUGUCAACAGUGCUUGGGCAUCUCCAAGAACCCUUUCAUUAUGUGUGAACCCAGGCUAUGAGCACCUGAAGGCUGUUCAGUUGUGGCCCACAGUUGAACCAGAUCCCAAUUGUUACUCUGACGUGCAAUGAUAUUCUGGAGCAGGAACCUUACUAGUUGAUUUAUCUCUUCACUUUCACCUCCUAUCCUUUAAAAUCUCGAUUAUGGACUAUGUAAUGCAGAUUACACAAGAGUCAGUACAGGGAGAUUAGUGGUAGGAAUUUUCAUAAAGAAAAGCUCUUGAUAUUGUUUACUACAAAUUUAUGGUUAAUGUGGUGGAUACAGUAUUAACUGGUCUACAGGUUUCUGGAUUAUUCCUUUUCUCUUUCUGGAAUGUAGAAGUAACAUUUGCCACUCUCCAGAGGUGUACAAAGCAUAUCACAUAGAUGGGCACAAUAUAUUAGGGGAGUUCUCUUUAUUGGUGUGAGCAGUCAAUACAUCAUGGUCAGAAUGACAAAUUAUAAAUUUUUUAAUAAGUUCAUUAGUAAUGCCAAGGUUGCAAUGUUCUUUGUUAUGGAUUGCAGGGCAUUUACAACAUAGAAACAGUGCAAUUCAUAGUCUCACAACCCUUUGUGUAAGUUUCUAUCCUGUUCUCUAUGAAUCUCUUUAUUCUUAGACCUAUAGCUGCUCAUUCUAGACCCCUUAAUCACUGAAAACGGUCUAUUUCUAUCUGCCUCAUCCUUUUAUCACUUUAAAAUGCCUAUGUCAAAUCACCCAUUAAUCUCCUUUGUUCAGAUCCAAUUUUUCAAGUCAUAGUUCAUAUUUGCAUUUCACCAUAUAAGGCAGCAUCCUAGUGCUGAAUCCUCAAUUUCUUCAAUAUCUUUCCCAAAUAGAUCAAAACUGAACUGCCAACUGUAAUCUUAUGAAGAUUUUUGUAUGGCUUCACCAUUGCAUCUUGAUUUUUCUAUAUUCUGUAGCACAGUACAGUGCAGUAGUUUCAAAGCAAUGUACUUACCUGUUACUUUAAAAUUGAACAUUUCAUGAUAAAUGCCUGUUAAGGAAUCUUUGGGAUUGAGGGACAUUGUUUGCAAUAGUUGGUCUGAGCUCCAUGUUUGAUGGCAUCAUCAACUUAUUUCUGUGGGACUACAAGUCAGAAAGCCCUCAGGCCCCAAUGGUAUGCAUCCAGCAUACUGAAGGAAGUUGGGGAGGAAAUAGUAGAAGCACUAAUGAGGAGUUAGUGUUUCAUAAAUACAGAAUGUGAGAGAUUACAGUCCCCCUUCCACUAUUUGAAGAUACUGCUUUGCUGCCCCUCAAUAUUUGGCUGCACAUUAACAUUCCUGAUCUUUGGCCACCCAGUAUGAGAGUUAGUGGGCAAGUUUGAGGACUUCCUCAUAGGACUAUUCCUGGGCCUUGACAAACUGACAUCAGCAUGUCCAGGUGGUGUGGAGUUGAAGGGGUUGUUUGGCCCAACUGUCUGUCUUUCUUGCGCAGUUAUGUUUGAUUUCCUGGAGGUAAGCUUGAUGCCUUCUACUGGUGGACGCUGGAGAAAGUGAAGUGUUUCAUCACACCCUGGAACCAAAUUUUAAUUGAUUCAUUAAACUGUAAAUUAUAUAUAAUUUAAAGAAAACCUAUUGAUUGUGCCCCUUUAAGUAGGAGACACCUACCUUUUAAUUGGUGAUGACACCUCUCAUUAAUCACUAACAUUUAAAAAGUAAAAGCAUGAACAAAAAAAACCUUUAGAAACAAAAGUUAUACAAAAAGACUGGAGGGUGAUGAAUGCUACACCCAUGUUCAAGAUGGGGAUAAUCUGGGGAAUGAUUGCACCUUUAGUCGGUUGGAUCAUAAGUAAAUUUCAACAAAAUUUUGUGGGGCAAAAUUAAUGAACAGGCAUGAACUAAUCCAGGACAGUCACCUGAGUUUAUAAGGAGCCAAGUCUUGUUUGAAUAGGCGUUUUGAAGAUUCAGAGUGUAUAAGUAAAAGAAAUAUGGUUGUUACUUACUGUAUAUCACAUGUUCUCAAAAUUCAAAAUGUGUAAUAAAAGUAAUAUAUAUUAAAAGUAUUGGAAUUGGGGGCUGGCAAAGUAUAUAGAUAAAUAGAACUCAUAUGCUUGUGUUUUGACUCUAGUCACUUCCAUGGCUGCCACUUUAGGCUAAAUCCAGAGGUGUAGAACUUUGGAAAACUGCUAAACUCUGAACUGACCUUUUUCUUCCAGAUCCAUUUAGUUACAAAGAUUGCUUUCUUCAACUUCUGCAAUAUUCUCCACCUCGCUCCUACCUCUCUAUCCUCACUACUGCUGAAACCCUGACCCAUAUCUUUCCUAUCUUAAAUCAUGACUUCUCAGGUGCUUUCUCUGGAUUUCAUGCUGCCACAAACUAAAACUCUGCCAGGAUACUAUGACCUGUGCUCUCAGCAGCAGAAAGUCACAUCACCCUCACUUUUUUAGGUCUCUGUGCACUAGCAAAUUGGCUUCCAGAUCCUUGGCCUUGUUUUCAAAUCUGGUUUAGAGACCUUCCACCAGUUUGAUGAUCUCAAGCUAUGCUUCACUCCAACACCAGAUUACCUCCUGUGAUCUGCUCUCUGUGCCUCAUCAUUGUUGGCCAUUUAUUGGCCACCACGUCCUUCCCUAGAAAUCUUCGCCUUGCCACCACCCACUUACGUUUAGCUUCAAAAGACCCUUUAUAUCAUAAUUUCAGUCCUCUACCUUUUUAUUUUCCUUUUUUCUUCCUAAUUAGCAUCGACCAUUUUUCUUCAGUGUAAAGUGCUUUCUUUCUAUAUGCAAGAAGCUCAACAAAAAGGUGAUCUGCCUGAAAUGUUAAUUCUUUUUCUCUCCACAGAUGCUGCCUGACUUGCUGAAUUUUUCCAGCAUUCAUGUUUUCAUUUCCGACUUCCAGCAUCUCCUGUAUUUUGCUUUGAUAAAAAUGACCUUGCUUGA